AUGGGCGUCAUUCUAAAGGCUUUAAACAUAUUUACUGCCAAGUUCCCCGAGUUGAGGAUCCUCCAAGCAUCAUCGUUCAUCAAAGAGUAUCAGACCGUCAGAACCAAAGAGGGCAAAGCAUUACUCGCCACGACUCUUGCCAUCACGAGAAAGCAGUGUUCUAUAGUCACAGGAGAUUGGAUAAGAGGACUGAGAAGCAGUGACUCAUAUGCCACGUAUGCAUGGAGUACAUUGUCCGAUGCUAUCCUCCAGCCGCCAAAGGUACAAGUCGUGCAGGCUCUGCUCAUCUUGACAUUGUAUGAAUGGGGUGUACGCGAAUAUCACAAAGCUUGGAUGCACUGCGGUAUGGCGAUACGCAUCAUGCAAUCUCUUCACAGCUCCCGCAUCAGUCCCCAUCCGCUAGACGUCUCCCAGAACAGCGACACGGACGCCAUGGCCAUAGCCGUCGAAUCAAGAACGUACUGGGCCUGCUUCAUUAUGGACUGUACCAUUAACUCAGGAACGUACAACCCGCGCAUGCUUCCAAUGUCAGAAAUGCAGAAGCUCAAGGUGCCCCGACCACUCAACUACACCGACUUUGCCUUUGGCUUCGACGCUACAUCGCUGAAUUACAGUGCGGGUGAUUUGUCUGGUCUUGCACAGGGUUUCGAGUCAAUUGCGCUCGGAUUCGAUAUAUAUGCUCAAGCCAUGUCCUUUGUAUUUAACAAUGGGCGAUGUGCACCAGGCAUGUGUGCAGCUGAGAAUUGCCCAUGGGUUCCUAGCUCGCCAUGGUAUCAGUGUCGAAGUCGGUUAGAGGAGUGGAGGAAAAGCCAACAUGAGAGGCUUUGGUAUCCACAACAUAGUGUCGUUGUGCACAUGACGCUUGGUCACGGUGAAUCGUUUAUCUACCUGAACAUGCUCUACUACCUAACUGCCAUCAUGCUUCAUCGCGAAUACUUCCCCUUCUUACCCAUCGGCGACAUGACACCUCGAGGUCCCGUUGACCCUCCACUCCUUGAAGCAGAAGCACCGCCAGGUUGGUGGGACGAAAGUGCUAAAGAGUUGUUCCAUGCAGCAGAGCAGAUUACCUGUCUGCUACAAGAAGCAUCAGAGUGUGGGAUCCCAUUGAUGACACCUUUCUCUGGAUUUUGUGCUUUCACGGCAUGUUUUCUAAACCUCUACGUGUUCCGAUAUCCCAGGAUGAAUUUGGGUCGCAGUAAAAGGGCUGAACAGCUGAUGAAUUGGGGUCUCGAGUAUCUCGAAGAGUUCCAGAAUGCCUGGGAGUUGGCAGGUGGUUGGAUAAAAACUAUUCAAAACUCAUCUCUUCUGUACAAAAGAGCUACAGAAGACGAAGGACGAUAUAGAGGUCGGUCUAGAGCUGAUUUCGAGACUUUGCAUCAGUCGAUCCACGAGUAUCGUAUCGUGGAUAGAUCAGAUCAGCAUUUACAACAGAUCAGCCACGCAGAUCGAAACUCUUCAAGAAAAGAGGAUGGCAUAAAUUUUUCAGCUUCAACACAGGGCCAGACCGUGAGCGCAUCUCUGAAUGCCUCUUUGUCUGUCCCUGACCCGUUUCCGAAUUGGUGGUCGAUGUUGCAGGAAGUCGAGUUUACAGAUAUUGGGAAUCUAUGGAAUGGACCACGUGAGAUGUAA